GCCUGUGGAGUCGCUGACUGCUCUCACUGACUGCUGUGUUGGAUCUGUCCUUAGACUUCUUUUAUCUUUCUAGUGUUACGGCUGAAGUCUCCAGGGCCACCACUGACUCCAAGGGCUCAUCACAUAGGAAGUCUACUAAGUAUAUAUAUAUAUAUGUACAACUCUCCACAAAAAUGAUUUCCCCAAGUGAUGUCCUGCGAAAAAAUCUGAAGAUGGUCCAUGGCUGCCCCAUGGUUUAUGCUUUUGCACACAACUGGGAAAGGAUUGAGCAGUUCCGCAGCAGGCCAGAUGACAUUGUGAUAGCCACUUACCCCAAAUCAGGUACCACUUGGAUUAGUGAAAUCUUGGACAUGGUUCUAAAUGAUGGAGAUGUUGAAAAAUGUAAKCGAGAUGUUAUUACUGCUAAAGUUCCCAUGCUGGAAAUGGCUGUUCCUGGAAUGAGAAUGUCAGGUAUAGAACAAUUAGAGAAGAAUCCAUCACCUCGUCUCAUCAAGACACAUCUACCAAUUGACCUCCUUCCUAAGUCUUUCUGGGAGAACAAUUGCAAGAUGAUUUAUCUUGCUCGAAAUGCCAAGGAUGUUGCAGUAUCAUUUUACCAUUUUGACUUAAUGAAUAAUUUGCAACCUUUUCCUGGAUCAUGGGAAGAAUAUCUGGAGAAAUUUAUGACUGGAGAUGUGGCCUAUGGUUCAUGGUUUAAUCAUGUGAAGGGCUGGUGGAAGAAAAAGGAAGAACAUCCAAUAMUUUUCUUGUACUAUGAAGAUUUGAAAGAGAAUCCAAAGGAGGAAAUCAAGAAGAUUACUAGAUUUCURGAGAAGAACCUAAAUGAUGAGAUCUUGGAUAAGAUCAUCCAUCACACCUCAUUUGAAGUGAUGAAGGACAAUCCUCUGGUGAAUUACACACACCUGCCCACUGCAAUGUUGGACCACAGCAAAUCCCCUUUCAUGCGUAAAGGGAUUACUGGUGACUGGAAAAAUUACUUUACAGUGGCCCAGAAUGAGAAAUUUGAUGCCCUUUAUAAAAACGAAAUAUCUGGAACUACACUUCAAUUUCGCACAGAGAUUUAAACUGUAACUUGAAGAAAUAGAAGAUGACCUGUAGUUUUUAGAAACAAAGCAGUUAUGACUUGGCUGAGCAAUCAAAUGAUUAUAGAGAAGAAAAAGCAUAUUUUAAAACUUUGAAUUUUUCAGCAUCAUUGAUCAGGCUUCAGUUUGUUCCUCUGCCUCUCUUCAGUUUGUUCCCCAUCAUUCCUGUUUUGUAGGCUAAUCCUGCCUUUUCCUAGAUUAGACCAGAUAAGACAGUAUUUACCCUCCUCAGUCUCCCUAUCUUAUGACUGCUGUUUGUAACCUGACACUAUAUUUCCUGCCUCUACUGGUUUCCUUUGAUGAAUUAUUGACCCAGGACAGUGUUCCACUGCUGUUUACCAGGUGUGUCAAACUCUUCCUGAAGUCAUAGCUCAUCUUCCUCUAUUUGGAUAACACAGUUCAUGUUCCAGAUCCUAUUUUUUUUUUUUCCUGUACCUUAUUUAAUGUCCAGGUCUCCAAAGGGCAAAGACCUAUAUUAUUCUCUCUAAGGUCUUCCCUGGGGACUGGAGGUUGUCUCUUAGAGACUGUCCCCAUGAGCACCAGGACUUGCUUCUUGUGGACAGUCCUCUUAGGAAACCCUUUCAAUUUCUAUAGAUCACACAUUGCAGUGCUCUGGUCACUUUGAUCUUUUUCCGAAUAGAUUUGGAUUCCUUAAUAGCACCCAAGAUAAGGGCAUACUAUGUCUCUAUCCAAGUGCAGCAAAAACUUUGUGCAUGUGCCAAAUUAAAUCCAAAGCCACAGUUCUUAAACUGAAGCUCAUUAGAGUGCUCUGGACUGGGCCUUUCCAUGUUCCAGGAGUUGGAACUUCAAAUGCAUUGUAGACUCCCUGAGGCAUAAUACAAAUAUCAGUGGGUUGCAGUUUUGC